ACAAAGAGGACGCUGAAGGUCCUGGGAUGAGAGAAUUGCUGCCGCUGAAGGACCUGGAAAAGAGACAGUGUGACGGCAUGUGAGCACGGGAAGGGGCGUGGACCUUGAGAGCGAAUCCCCAGAGUGACCAGGAGGGGGCACCAGACAAGCAGCGAGUGGAGCACCCCGUGACAAUCAACACCAGCAAUGACAGCUGCCAAGCAGAACUGGGCCGAGUCCCGCUGCCCAGCAACGCACAGACCAGCACUUCCAAGCCCUGGGGCUCCCUCACCCCGAGCAGCAAACGCUUUGUUCUCCAGGAGCCGUAAUUAGCUCCAGGUGACAAACUGAGAUGACGAUGUGAUGGAACAUCCCUGACUGGUAUCUGCACAGCACAGAACUCAAACGGGCUGACUCCAUGGGUGCCGAGCAGGCAACCUACCCAAACCCACAGGGAAUCCAUGACGCUUGGCCAACCCCUAAGGCUUGAUCUAGACAGAGGAUUUGCUUCAGUUGCUGCCAUGGAGACAGCUACGCCAUCUCGCCCAGGCAGAGCUCAGCCCUGCUUGUUCCUGUGGGUUGCUGCGGAGCAGCUGCAGGGAUGGGUGGCCCUGAGUGCAUGCAACGUGACUGGAGGAAACGCAAAGCGAAGCCAGUUCCACCCCAGCCCAGCCCAAGAGCCGCCGUGCACCAGCUGCCCCCUGGUGGCUGGGUACAGUAAACACUCAUGCACACACCUAAUAACCACAGUCGCAGUACAUUACGGCAUCCGCCACUCUCAACAGGAGCCCGGCUCAGCGGGACGUCACCUCCCUACGCUGAGCUGGGCUUGGGUUUAAUCUUGGCCAAUUCUGUGCAACCCAGCCCACAAUUUGUGUCUUCCCUGAGUCCUCCCUCUGGUCCCGUCCCAGACAGUGCGAUGGGCCCCUCUGUCUAGAGCUCAGGAAGGAUGGUCUCCUUGUGCCGGCACUGAACACGGACUGUGAGGAUCUGAGCUGACUCCCUGCAGACUCGUUGUGUGACCUUGGCCACGUCCUGUUGUCUCCUGGUGCCUCAGUUCCCCUCUGAAACAUGGGGACCAUGGCACUGCCCUCCCACACAGGAGUGUUGGGGCCAUAAAUCCAGUAACAAGGGUGAGGCGCUCAGAGCUAUGGUGGCUGGGUCAUACAAGUACCUGGAGAGAGAUGGACGGUCCGCAGCUGAUUACAGAGAGCCCAGGCUGGUGGGUUUCUGGCCCAGUCAGCACUGGCUGAUGGCAUUAAGCUGGUAGUGUUCUUGCAUGCCCUCAAUGGAGCUGUGACCUGGGCAGAAGCCACAAGGCCAGGUGUAGGUUAACUGACCAGCCUGGAGCCCAGAGGGAGAGAAAAAAUGAACUUGUAACAUACCCUUGGACUUCAGACACCGCGCAGCAAACAAGGACAGCGCCCUGGCUGGCAGGCAUCCUCUGGGAAGGGAGCCAGGAGCCUGGACUGGAUGAAUGGGGAUUUCACAGGCACCCUUCCCCCGCAAACAGUACCCACACCCCAGCUGCGAGGGGAGAGGGCCCAGCGCGUGGCACUGCCGGGGAACGCUGGCCCAGGGCAUCGGGGCAAACCCACCUCUGCGGGAGAGGGGCCUUGGUCUCCUGGGCGCCCUGGUGGUCCCUAAACCCUCCCGAAGGACUGAUCUCCAGAGCAGCAGGUCCACCCCCGGUGCCCCAGGAUGACUCUCAGCCCCGAUUGGCUGAGGCUCAGGGGAGUUUCCCAACACACCUGUCCUGGCCGGCCCGGGGCCGCGGGGGCCGUUCAGCCAGGGCUGGUCCCUGGGGAGGCGCAGGCAGGUUCCCCGGAGACCAGCCCCGGGCCGUGUCCGCCCCAUGUCCCAGCGAGGGGGCUCCGGGUCCCUGCCCGGGGUCUCUCCGUUGAGCGCCCCACAGGGCCAGGCAGCGCCCUCCGCAGCCCCCGCCUGCUGCCCACACCCCGGCUCUGUCCCCGCAGCGCCCGGCCCCAUGGACCGGACCGGCCCCGGCAGCAGCUUCCCGGAGCUGAUCCGCAAGAAGCGGGACGGGGAGAAGCUGCUGGAUGAGGAGAUUCGCCGCUUCGUCCGGGCUGUGACCCGCGGGGAGCUCCAGGAGGGGCAGAUGGGGGCCAUGCUGAUGGCCAUCCGGCUGCGGGGCAUGGAUCCGGACGAGACGCUGACUCUGACCCGCGAGAUGGCCGUGUCGGGAAGGGUCCUGGAGUGGCCCGACAGCUGGCAGAGGCGCCUGGUUGACAAACAUUCCACGGGGGGCGUGGGAGACAAGGUCAGCCUGCCCCUGGCCCCAGCCCUGGCUGCCUGUGGCUGCAAGGUGCCCAUGAUCAGUGGCCGGGGACUGGGCCAUACCGGGGGCACGCUGGACAAGCUGGAGUCCGUGCCGGGGUUCAACGUCUCUCAGAGCCCCGAGCAGAUGAAGUGCAUCCUGGAACAGGUCGGGUGCUGCAUCGUGGGGCAAAGCGAGGACCUGGUCCCGGCAGACAAGGUUCUCUACGGCCUGCGGGACGUCACGGCCACCGUCGACAGCCUGCCCCUCAUCACAGCUUCCAUUCUGAGCAAGAAGGCAGCAGAGAAGGUCUCCGCCCUGGUGCUGGACGUGAAGUUCGGCAGCGCUGCCCUCUACACCAGCCUGGACAGCGCCCGAACCCUGGCCCAGAGCCUGGUGUCGGUGGGCAACCGGCUGGGGAUCUGCACCGUGGCCAUGCUCAGCAGGAUGGACGGGCCCCUGGGGCAGCGCGUGGGCCACUCCCUGGAGGUGCUGGAAGCCCUGCAGUGCCUGGAGGGCCGGGGGCCGGCGGAUCUGCAUCACCUGGUCACCACGCUAGGGGGCUCUGUGCUGUGGCAGUGCGGCGAGGCCGGCUCGGUGGGGCAGGGCGCCGCCCGCAUCGCGGCCACGCUGGCCGAUGGCUCGGCCCUGGGGAAGUUCCAGGCCAUGCUGCAGGCCCAGGGGGUGGAGGCCGGCCUGGCCCAGGCCCUGUGCACAGGAACGGAGGAGCAGCGCUACCAGGUACUGGGCCGGGCUCGGGCCCAGGAGGAGCUGCCCGCGGCCCAGGAUGGCACCGUGCAGAGGGUCGAGGCCCUGCCCAUCGCCCAGGUGCUGCAUGAGCUGGGAGCCGGCCGCACCCAGAAGGGGCAGCCAAUCAAGCACCAUGUGGGGGCCGAGCUGCUGGUGACGGUGGGGCAGCGCGUGGCCAAAGGUUCACCCUGGAUCCGGAUUCACUACGACACCCCGGAGCUGAGCAACGAUCAGAGACGCACCUUGCAGGGGGCGCUGGUCCUGGCAGGCUCGGAGCCCUUCGCGCCCAGCUGCAAGGUCGCAGAGAUCAUCCUGCCCCAGGGCAGCCGGUCGCUGGAGGAGCUGACAGGGGAGCAGGGCUUGGGGAGCAGCCAGGCACUGCUCUGCUCUGCCUGAAGGGAGGGGUCCCCUGCCAGCUGGCUCCCCACAGCCCCAUGCAGACGCUGCCCCCAGGGACCCUCUGCCGCCUGGACAGUGCAACUUGCCUUCAGCCCCACUGCCAGCCCCUGCCAGUGCUAACGACUGGGCAGUAAAGUGUCUCGCUCUGUGUGACGAAGUGGGGCUGUUCUUAAUGUUCCCUCUGAAUACUGGGGGGGGGCCUCAGUUCCUGGCCGACCCUCUGUCGCCUGGCAACUAAUGGCCAGGCCCUUCCCUCCUGCAAGGGG